AUGUCAUCUUAUCUCGACUUGAGCCCUCCCACGGCUCUCCUCCUGAUCGACAACCAAUCCGCCUUCUGUCACUCAGGAACAGUAUCCCAUUGGGGCACAAAGCGUUCCAACCCACUCUACGAAGUGAAUAUCAAAGCCCUUAUCACCGCCUUCCGAGCCGCGCGCUCGACCUCCAAGUCACCACUAGAAGUCAUCCAUGUAUUCCACUCCUCAGUGACACCGGGAUCUCCACUGCAUCCACUUCACCCGGCACAGGGAAUCCGUCCUUUAGACUUCGCCACCCCGGCAUCAGACGGGUCCGAGCCUGUGUUCUGGAAGAGCGUUAACUCUUCAUUCAUUGGAACGAAGCUUGAAGCACACCUACGGGAGAAGGGGAUCAGGCAAUUGAUCAUUGCGGGGUUGACCACUGAUCAUUGUGUUUCUACAACGACGCGGAUGGCGGCGAAUUUGGGGGUUGUGGAUCGGUUUAUUGGGGAGGGACCAGUUAAGAUUCAUGCUGAUGGGACGCAUGAGAAGGAUGUGAAGGUUGAUAAGGGGAGGAUUGUGCUGGUGUCGGAUGCGACGGCGACUUUUGGAAAGGGGGGAAUAGAUUCGGAGACAGUUCAUAAGGUCUCGGUUGCUAGCCUUGAUGGCGAGUUUGCGGAUGUGCUCGGGACUGAGGAGGUUGUGAAAGCUUUGCGGAAAGUGGCUCAUUGA